AUGGCUCCCGUUUACGCCGACCAGCCCUUCAAGCUUCUUCACACGCCGAUCUAUGAGCUCCCAAAAGAUGAAAAGCCCGACUUCAUACAAAGUCUAGCGAGUGACAUGGUCCUGGUUCAUAAUAUCCUCAUUCGAGGCCUCAACUCCAUCAUCUUACAAGCUCCGCAUAUCCAGCCGGAGGACGAGAUUGCAUUCUGCCAGUACAUUCUGCACUGGUCGCAAUUCCUUGAGAUCCACCACUCUGGCGAGGAAAAAUAUUUCUUCCCGGCCGUUGAGCGCCUGAGUGGCCAGAAGGGCCUAAUGACGGUCAACGUGAACCAGCACGACAAAUUUCACGCCCAGGCGGAUGACUUUGCCGACUACGCGAAGGCUUGUAUCGCUGGAACUGAGAAAUUCAGUCGCCAGGAGGUCGUUAAGCGCGUCGACUCGUUUGCGGAAAACCUCGUUACCCACCUCAACGACGAGAUCCCAACAAUACUGGGCCUACGGGAGUUUGGACUCGAGAAGAUGAAGCCACUGAUGGCGGUUGUGGAGAAAGAGGUUAAGGAAGGCAUGGGAUCCAUGACAUUCACAGGCGGCCUGCCAUGGUUCCUCUGCAGCAACGAUGUGGGAUUCGAGGAUGGACUGUGGGCAGACUUCCCUCCAGGCGUUGCGCCAAAGGUCAUCUCCUUUGUCUGCCGCCAUUUGACAUUUGGGGUCCAUGCGGACUGGUGGAAAUUCGGGCCCUGUGACCGAUUCGGCAAGCUUCAGCCGUUGUAUGCUGGACCUAAAGAGUGA